GUCAUGGCGUGGCCAGCAUGGUGGAAUAUCUCUCUCCAUUUUACUUAUUUUAUAUUAUCAUUCAACUUGACACCAGCUCCAGUGUAUUCACAGUGUGACCAGGCCCUCGGUCUAGAAGACGGCAGUCUGGUGGACUCGCAGUUUUUAGCUUCAUCUGUGUACAACAGCAAAUAUUCUCCUUGGAAAGCGAGGAUUAAUUCUAGUGAUGGAUGGAUUGCUAGCUAUGGGGACACCCACCAAUAUCUGACUGUGAACCUGACCCAGGAGAUGAGGGUCACAGAGGUGGCCGUCCAGUCAGCUGACAAUGGAUGGUUCACCAGAAAGAUUAAGAUCUUCUACAGUCUCGAUAAUCUUACCUGGCAUACCUACACCAGCCUCGACAAGAAAUUUGUAUUUACUGCCAAUUCUGCACGUAAUCAAGUUGUGCAAAUUCGAUUAGUUCCAGAGAUCAAGGCCAGGUUUGUGGCGUUCAACCCAGUGUCAUAUAGUGGCUAUCCCUCCCUGCGCCUGGAACUGUUCGGCUGCCAGGUGACAUCACAGACUCCACUCAGACAUACCGAAGUUACAGACGAUAUUGAAGUGGGUGCAAAUGAUAAAUAG